AUGGGUAGAGGGGAGGAGGUUAGGUUGAUGCCGGAUGAGAUGUCGACAGCAUCGAGUAUGGAGCACCAAGUCCGAGAAUGGAGUGCGAGAAUGGAGCACGCACAUGCUGUGCCAUUUGUGGGAGCUCACGCACACCAUCCUGUAUCCCGUCUUGAGAUUCCAUUGCAGGAACAAGGACCGGCUGUCGCCGCCUUGCAAGUGAGCCGGGCUGCGCCUUCUUUCCAAGCCCGGUCGGUUGAUUUCGAUCCGAUGAGUUCGUCCUGCAAGACUGCUACUGCCGUAACUGGCCAUGACCAGCAUGGGUAUCACCUCUCAUGCAGCAUCAUCACUCGUGCUAUACAGCAAGGCAAAGACAAGGCAAGGCAAGGCGAGGCAGGCCAGGGCCAGGAUACUGCCGUCAUCGUUGGCCUUGAGCUUGACAAGAAAUCGAGUCGCACAAAGUACCUGCCAGGUACCCACGUCGUACCACAUUCAACUUGUCGCUGCUGCGGCUUGUUUUAUGGCUUGCUGCUUGUGCUUGUGGUCUCCACUGCAAGCGCCCAGACCCCGUCCCUAAUCAAUCAAGACUGCCGGCCCUGCUCGCACCAAAAUAGCGAGCCUCCUUCAAUCGAAAGGCACCGGCAUCUCAUUUUCUUUUUCUGCCAGUUGCUCCUGGAGAGCUCCCCAAGCUUACCGGGAUCCCGUCACUCCUCUUUUUCCUUUUUCUACUUCGUCCCAUCCAUUCCCGUCUCUCUCUUUCUCUUCCAUUGUCACAUCCAACGCAUUGGGCCUCGCCGGCUUCGACGGAAUUGA